AGUUGCUGAAUUUCUGCCCCCCUGCCUGAUCUCAGAACAGCCAACCUGAUGGAAACUGAAGCCAGCAGCAGCUUCUGGUCUCUAAUUGUGUUCAGUGAGCUGCAAGACCCUCAGCUCAGCAAACAGCAGUCAGUCACUAUCAGCAGAUGGCCUUUCAUCAGUAUUUAAAUGCUAUAUUACGUCAGGAACACGUACAGGUGUCGUGAGCAGCCUAGCUUGUGUUCUGGCUAAAUACCACAAACAGGUUUAGGCACCUCAUUCUCAGACCUGACUCGGAAGCUAGGCACUUCUUCACCUGAAGCCGACUGUAAAAGAGUGAAAAUGGCAUCAGUGUCAUCCAGCUCUCUUCUCAACAAAGCUGUGCGGCAGCAGUACAUGAGCCUGCCUCAAGGACAGAAAUGCCAGGUCACCUACAUCUGGAUUGAUGGCACCGGAGAGGCACUUCGGAACAAGACGAGAACUCUAGACACAGAACCAAAAAGCAUAGAAGAAAUACCUGAGUGGAACUUUGAUGGCUCAAGCACCUACCAGGCCGAAGGCUCCAACAGUGACAUGUACCUCAUCCCGGUCCGCAUGUUCAGGGAUCCAUUCAACCUUGACCCCAAUAAACUGGUUCUCUGUGAGGUCCUGAAGUACAACCGUUUACCUGCUGAAACUAACCACAGAGCAAGCUGCAACGAAGUGAUGGAGAAGGUCAAACAGCACCAUAUGUGGUUCGGUAUGGAACAGGAGUACACACUUCUGGGAAUAGAUGGACAUCCAUUUAGCUGGCCUCCAAAUGGAUUCCCAGCACCCCAAGGUCCUUACUACUGUGGCGUGGGGGCCAAUAGUGCUUAUGGAAGGGACAUUGUGGAGUGCCACUACAAGGCCUGCCUCUAUGCUGGGGUCAAAAUCUACGGUACUAAUGCUGAAGUUAUGCCAUCUCAGUGGGAGUUCCAGGUGGGCCCCUGUGAGGGCAUCGAGAUGGGGGACCAUUUGUGGGUCGCACGUUUCCUUUUGCAUCGUGUCUGUGAAGAUUUCGGGGUUGUAGCAACGCUGGACCCUAAACCGAUGAAGGGCAACUGGAACGGGGCUGGUUGCCACACAAAUGUCAGCACCGAGGAGAUGAGGGAAGAAGGAGGACUGCAGUACAUUGAGAAGGCUAUCGAUAAGCUGGGGAAAAAGCACCCUGAGCACAUUUGUGUGUACGACCCUCAUGGAGGCAAGGACAACAUGAGGCGUCUCACAGGUCUCCACGAAACCUCCAGCAUCCACGACUUCUCUGCCGGAGUGGCCAACCGAGGUGCCAGCAUCCGCAUCCCGCGGCAGGUGGGGCAAGAGAAGAAAGGGUACUUUGAGGACCGCCGUCCCGCAGCAAACUGUGACCCUUAUGCAGUGACGAAGGCCAUCGCCAUAACCUGCCUAUUGGAAGAAGAAGAAAAAGGAGCCAAGUAGUAGAAAAGUGCAGCCUUUUUUUUAAAUGAUAUAAUUUGUAUAAUAUAAAUAAUAUAUAUAAAAUGUAUAAAGCAACACAGACCUGUCUGUGAGUUAACUUGAACUGGAGUAAAAGGAUUCAAAACAAGAUGAAGAUGAAGAAGCCUGGAAAUAGAUGUAUGGUUUUCCUCUGAGCCUCUAUACUGCUGCAAACUAUUAAUGCUCACUAUGCUCCCUAAACUAUUAAUAACUGUUACUUUAAACUUGUGCUCCAUCUGUAACUGCUAAGGAAGUGAAAUAAAGAUAAUGGUGCUACAA